AUGUCGAGUGGCAAACAAAACACCGUAAAUCAGCCGCAGAAGCCUCGAAACCGAAACCAACGACGAGAAAGACAACCAGCUCUGACCCAUUUUCUCUGUCUGCCACUGGUUAAUACAGUAUCACUUCCCCAGCUGGAAGAGUCAAUCGCGGCGUUCACAGCGGCAAAUCCGCCAGUCCCUGUAGCAGAUUUGUUAAACGGCCAGCAGCAGACGUCGGAUACAAAUGUCUCGCGGGCGGUUAUCCCACAAGGCGCAGUCCGGCCUGUGGGAACAAUCCAUCUGACCAUCGGAGUCAUGAGUCUUCCAACUAAGGAACGCCUCGACGAAGCGCUGGCUUUUUUCCAGACGCUUGAUCUGGCGGGCUUGCUCCGGGAAGCGGAGCGAGUAGCUUAUGAAUUACGUCAAAAGCGCGCCGCGAAGAUGGCUUCGUCUAAAUCAGCACCAAAUACGGCAGACGCCUCGUCACAUUCGUCUGGCUCUUCAUCUGACGAAACUCAUACACCCCAACCGCUCUCUGUUUCCUUGGAGUCCUUGCAUGCUUUACCACGAGCCAAAGCUGCAACGGUCCUACACGCUUCUCCAAACGACCCCACAGGCCGACUAUAUCCAUUCUGUGUGAUGCUACGAGACAAAUUCCUGGAAGCAGGAUUUAUGCUCAGCGAGGCCAACAGUAGAUUACCCGCGGAGAAAAAGGAUCCGCAAGUCGUGGAGGAAGUACAAGCUUCUCAGUGCAAAGAUUUGAAUACGGAUGAUAAUCCUCUUCUUGAAGAGAUGACGACGCUUCCUGCACAAGUUGAGAGCGUCGGUGUUUCGAAGUUACUGGAUCCGUAUGCUGCGGCUCUUGCUCGCAAGCCGAAACCUCGUCCUUUGCUUUUACAUGCCACCCUCGUGAAUACGAUUUACGUUCGUGGUCGACGGAAAUUCCAGAAUGGUGGGAAUGGUAAAAAUGGCAGAAAUGGCUCUAAGAGACUUGAGUUUGAUGCGCGUGGUCUUCUGGCUAGAUACCGGAAUUACUACGUUGAUGAGACGCAAAGGACGCCUCGCGUGGAUACUUCCGCUCAUUCUGGAUCCUCCCCGGAGAGUUCCCCGCUGUCCGAACCUGCAGUGCCAGAGGGUGAUGAGGCCGAGACCGAGUCCAAUCCUAAUACCUCUUCUGCAACUUCCCAUCCUCAAUAUCCGUUUGUCUGGGCAAGGAAUAUCCCGAUCAAUUCGGUUAGUAUUUGUGAAAUGGGUGCGAAAAAGCUUGAGAUUGGUGGACCCGGGGAUCAAGGCAUGAAUGCACGUCUGGGCGAGGAAUACACUGUUAUCGCGGAGCGAAGUCUUGAUUCCCGUCCGCGGUUACUAUCACCCUCCCCUUAG